GACUUUUCGUUUUGCAGAUCAGUCUCCGAGUAAAUUUGGUUGAGUUUGGACGCGUCUCGUGUGCGGUUCGGCUUUUUGCCCGUUGUGUCAAGAAGUCACAGAAUCAGUGUACUUUAGUGCUGCUCCUGUUUUGUGUAUCGUUUGACUCCCUUUUGUAUCCAUCGACUAAAACAUCCUUUUUGUGCUUGGAACAAACGAAAUCAGAAGAAUCUUAUCGUGGAAACAGUUUGAAUAGAAACUGUCAAACAAAGCGAACAAGAAUUAUUCAGCAUUAACUAGCUGGUUUGUGUCUCUGAGGAAAACCGUAAAGGAGUAAUGUUUCUGUAAAGAAUUUUGUAAGAAAAUUCAACAGUGCAUCGUGUGAGGAAAUAGCCGAAAAAAUAUCAAGAAGUGUUUGACUUCCAUUUUCCUUUGCUGCCGCCGUCUUUUUUCAUUUUCCGUUUCAUCAGUGUUCUCGGCGAGUUCCCUGUGUUAGUGUGGGUGUGUGUGACCAGCAGCUGCUUUGCAAGGUGAUCACUUGAGCCGUUAAUGCGAUUAUUCCCUCGUUGGCUGGGGAAGAAGCAAGCUCGUCGUGAGGUGCAUUGGUGUGAGUGAGAUCUCGAGUGCCAAACAUAAACGGGGUGUUGUAAACAACAAGGGAGCUGUCAAAAAGAGCUGCUGCCCAGCUUUGUGUGUGUCGCGAAGUGCCCCCCAAGAAAGAAGAGCAAGUGCUGUCUUUUUUUUUGUAAGAAGGAAGAACGCGAAUUGUGUGCCACAAGGUUUGGUGGAAGUGUUUGAUUUCUGUUUGUGAGUUUGAGGUCGGGUUUUCCGGGUUUAGUGCGUGGAUUCCGGGACCACUGGGUGUGGAUUUUGGCGAAGCGUUUGGUGGCACACAGUGUUCCGGUGGAGGUUUUUCGUGGCCGCUGCAGGACUGCUCGCAAAGUUGGAUUCCGUUUUUGUUCCAAGGUGUCUGAUUUGCAAGGCUGAAGUUUUGCAAGCCCCCCCGAUCGGUAGCUGCAGUUGCAUGAAGCUGGGGACGGAAAAGUUUUGACUUCGGGGCAAUCGGAAUAGCUGCUAGUUUUCGAAUCCUCCCUCUCCACGGACAAUCGAUCCCGGCCAACUCCCGACAAAAGCUGCACAUCUGCCAACUUGAUUCGCCCCCAUUCUAUUCGAUACGACUUCUACGGUAUUAUCUGUAACCGUGAAGAAAUCAACCAUCUGCUGGCAAAGUACUCAAAACAUCCCCGAGAGUACACCCGUCUGUAUAUGAACCUUCGUCACGCCAAGCUGUAAAGAGCCGGAAAACAACCGUCGAAGAAAAAGUUUAGUGGAAUCAAGGAAACACUGUUUCUUACCCUUACCUACCUUACGCUGCUGAAAAAGUGCAUCGUGCAAGUGAUGAGCUAACCGUGAGCUGCAGCAAUUUAGAGCUUGAGUGCGUGUGCGUGCAUGCAUGAUCUGACCUCCGAAUCGCCCUCUCGACCCCAAAUCCCAGCCGUGACCGACUAGACGACACCUAGUUAGACGUCUCACCGACUCCCUUGUAAUUAUUUAAUUGUAACCAAUUGUAUAACGUGCAUCUCUAUCGCGGUUUGUGAGUAGCUCAUUGUUGUUCCUGUCCUUCGAAGUGACGCACAGUUUUGCUCAAGAAGAAAGAAGCCCAUUGAGGCGUAAAGUGUGUAUUACAAGUCUGUUCAAGUGCAUUUUCUGUUUGUUCCAUCAUUGUGAAUUGUUCGUUAUAAUUUUUGUGCGUGCGUGAAUUUAAUCGAGUUCUUCGGGCGCGGCUCAUGUCAAGCAACUAGGAAGAUAUACGAGUUAGCCGGGCUAGUGUGCGUUCGUGAAUGGCGGCAGUCGGUGGACCGACCAGGCAAGCGCGUGGUGUUUCCAUGAGUGUCUCUAUGUCGCUGGUACAGGGUGGAGCAGCUGGUGCGGCCGGACCACAGGGAGCGAUCCUGGCGGCGGCCGCACCCUACUAUCAACCUCCGGCCGUCCCACAGGACGUGCAGCCGGAUCGUCCAAUCGGGUACGGAGCCUUCGGAGUCGUAUGGGCCGUCACAGAUCCCCGCGAUGGACGACGAGUCGCACUGAAGAAACUGCCAAACGUGUUCCAGUCGUUAGUGUCAUCGAAACGUGUUUUCCGAGAGCUCAAGAUGCUGUGUUUCUUCAAGCACGAUAACGUACUAUCGGCCCUAGACAUCUUGCAGCCACCGCACUUGGACUUCUUUCAGGAAAUUUACGUCAUCACAGAGCUGCUACAGUCGGAUCUGCACAAAAUCAUCGUAUCACCACAGCACCUAUCGGCGGACCAUAUCAAAGUGUUCCUGUACCAGAUCCUGCGGGGUCUCAAAUAUCUACACUCAGCACGAAUUCUGCACCGGGAUAUCAAACCAGGCAACCUGCUGGUGAACAGCAAUUGUGUUCUUAAGAUUUGUGAUUUUGGAUUGGCACGCGUGGAAGAACCGGACCAGUCGAAGCACAUGACACAGGAAGUGGUAACGCAGUACUAUCGCGCGCCAGAGAUUCUGAUGGGAGCACGACACUAUUCGGCGGCCGUAGAUGUGUGGUCGGUUGGAUGCAUAUUCGGAGAACUACUAGGCAGGCGAAUUCUAUUUCAGGCACAGAGUCCAGUGCAGCAGCUGGAACUGAUAACAGAACUGCUGGGCACACCUACGCUAGAGGACAUGCGGCACGCCUGCGAGGGAGCCAGAACCCACAUGCUGCGAAGAGCUCCGAAGCCUCCGUCCCUGUCCGCACUCUACACCCUGAGCACACAUGCCACCCACGAAGCAGUGCACCUCCUCUGCCAGAUGUUGGUCUUCGAUCCGGACAAGAGAAUAUCGGUGAUUGAUGCCCUGGCCCAUCCGUACGUCGACGAGGGUCGCCUUCGUUACCAUUCCUGUAUGUGCAAGUGCUGCUACACCCCGUCUGCCGGAAUGCGCCAGUAUGCGGCCGAAUUCGAACCCUCUGCGCCACAACCGUUCGAUGACCUCUGGGAACGGAAGCUGACUUCGGUGCAGCAAGUCAAAGAGGAAAUGCACAAAUUCAUAGCCGAACAGCUGCAAACGAAUCGCGUGCCACUAUGUAUAAAUCCUCAGAGCGCCGCAUUUAAGAGCUUCGCCAGCUCUACCGUGGCUCAUCCUUCAGAACUGCCCCUCGCCGCACCAAUGGGAAUGACACAAUGAAGCGAUGGCUGCCUGAAAUUUGUAAAUUACUCACCAGCACUACAAAAAUGAGUGCACCUCAACGGAAAAUCACAUAAUUCGGAUGACAGCCGAACAAAACUCAUUUAGGACGAAACAAGUAGCAGAGUGUAUUAUAGUAUCGUAUAUAUUCGUAUAAAACCAACAUGAAACAACACACUAGUAAAGUAGACACUACAUACAACUAUCAAGAUUAGUGAACAUGAACAAUACAAUGCUGCCAAAUCGGCAUCCUCUGAGCGCCACUCAACAGGGCUUAGAGAAUCUCAGGAGGAUGCUACUACACGUACGAGAGACCGGACCAGAGACGGAAAGAGUGAAUCCUUAGGCUAGGACACGGCAACCAACAACCUCAACCAAUUUCGGAGGACGAGACAAUUUUUUCCCCCUUCGGGAUACAUCAAUCCCCCGGAAGAAGGAGUAAUAGAAGCUAGUCGAUGCAUGCCACAAGCGUGGGAUGAGUGCAUCACAAAUCGUGCAACACAUGGAGAACUACAUCGCGAAAGUGUUGCGGAUCUAUCGCUGGUGGUACGGGGACUGACUACCUUCGAAGGUAAGGUAGCGGAACAACCUCUUUUAGACCACCAGCAUUUUUUUUUCGGACUGAUCAGCGAGGGCCAUCAUUCAAUUAACUGGCAAGCGGUAGGAAUCACUAUGAAUCAACAGCAAUUUUUCGCAUAGACAAACUACCAAACCAUGUGGGAGAUGUGCAGCCGUCAUUCACGGGGACACAUUUGUAAUGGGAAUCGUUAAUCGUAAACGCAGAAAAAAAAACGUCGAAAAGAGAUGCGAGACAUCAAUAUGUAAUCAAGAAAACUGUAAUUCAUUUGCUUUUCCCUGAUGAUGCUGCAACUGCCCAGCAUAAAUAAGAGUAGUAAUUUGUAAAAAGGGAAGUCUGCUAGUUGCAGAUUGAAGAACGAAGUCGAGUAAAAUUAGGACGAAACGAAAUAAAAGAAACUGCUGCAGGUAAUGAUGAUGACCAUGAUGGUAUGAUUUAAGCAUUAGUAGACAAUUUUUUAGUUCUAUUUAGGUUCCGUAAGUCCACUAUGUAUGAUCAUCGUGGGCGAAAAAGCUGUGUUUAUUUGUUAAGGAAGGAAUACAUUUAGAAAAAAAAGGUUGCGCAAGUAUCGGCUACUACCUAGGGGCAGAUAUACUACUACCGUACCAGUAAGAUAACGAUUUAUAGUGUGUAGUAUAUGACUAGGUACAAUUGCUACCAGAAAGAAAAAAAGAAGCAUGUUUUCUGUAUGCGUGAUAGUGUGACAUUUCGAAGCUUUUUCGUUUAAUGAUUGUGUUCGCAAGUGGAUAAAAUAAAUGUACUGUAUUAAAGGGUA